AUGAAGCAUCUCGCUGCUUACCUCCUCCUCGGCCUCGGUGGCAACACCUCCCCCUCCGCCAAGGACAUCAAGGCCGUCCUUGAGUCCGUCGGUGCUGAGGUCGACUCUGACCGUCUCGACACCCUGAUCUCCGAGCUUGAGGGCAAGGACAUCAACGAGCUCAUCGCUGCCGGUUCCGAGAAGCUUGCUUCCGUUCCCUCUGGUGGUGCUGGUGGUGCCGCCGCCUCCGGUGGUGCUGCCGCUGCUGGCGGUGACGCCCCUGCCGCUGAGGAAGAGAAGGAGGAGGAGAAGGAGGAGUCUGAUGAGGACAUGGGCUUCGGUCUCUUCGACUAA